UUUCUCAUGGAGGCGGGGCCCCCGGCCAAGAUGGCGGCUUACCUGCAGUGGCGGCGCUUCGUUUUCUUCGACAAGGAGCUGGUGAAGGAGCCGCUGGGCAAUGAUGGGGCUGCUCCCGGCGCCGCGCCUGCCUCUGGACCGGCUGCUUCCAAGUUCUUUUCCCUCCCUCCUGGCAUCACUGUCUGCGACUCAGGCCGAGGAAGCCUGGUCUUUGGAGAUAUCCUUCCUCUGGAGCUGUCUCUUCCCUCCACGGAUCCCUGAGGAGAUCAGCUGGGAUGGAAUCUGUCCAUCAGAGGGGAGGUUCCUUGACUACCUGGCACAUAUGGAAGGUCAGAUCUGGUUCUUGCCACGCUCCCUACAGCUUACUAGUUUCCAGGCCUACAAACUACGGGUGACACACCUGUACCAACUGAAGCAGCACAAUAUCCUGGCGUCUGUUGGUGAGGAUGAAGAGGGCAUCAACCCCCUGGUGAAGAUCUGGAACCUGGAGAAGAGAGAUGGUGGCAAUCCACUCUGCACUCGAAUCUUCCCUGCCAUCCCAGGAACAGAGCCAACUGUUGUGUCUUGUUUGACUGUCCAUGAAAAUCUCAACUUUAUGGCCAUCGGUUUCACAGAUGGCAGUGUUACGUUGAACAAAGGGGACAUUACCCGUGACCGGCAUAGUAAGACCCAGAUUUUGCACAAGGGCAACUAUCCUGUUACUGGACUGGCCUUCCGCCAAGCAGGAAAGACCACUCACUUGUUUGUUGUGACAACAGAGAAUGUUCAGUCCUAUAUCGUUUCUGGAAAGGAUUACCCUCGCGUGGAGUUAGACACCCAUGGUUGUGGCCUGCGCUGCUCAGCUCUAAGUGACCCUUCUCAGGACCUGCAGUUCAUUGUGGCUGGGGAUGAGUGUGUCUACUUGUACCAGCCUGAUGAACGUGGGCCCUGCUUCGCCUUUGAGGGCCAUAAGCUCAUUGCUUACUGGUUUAGAGGCUACCUUGUCAUUGUCUCCCGUGACCGGAAAGUUUCUCCCAAGUCAGAGUUUACCAGCAGGGACUCACAGAGCUCCGACAAGCAGAUUCUCAACAUCUAUGACCUGUGCAACAAGUUCAUAGCCUACAGCACCAUCUUUGAGGAUGUAGUGGAUGUGCUUGCUGAGUGGGGCUCCCUGUAUGUGCUGACACGAGAUGGGCGGGUCCAUGCACUGCAGGAGAAGGACACACAGACAAAACUGGAGAUGCUGUUUAAGAAGAACCUGUUUGAGAUGGCGAUUAACUUGGCUAAGAGCCAGCACCUGGACAGUGAUGGGCUGGCCCAGAUCUUCAUGCAGUAUGGGGACCAUCUCUACAGCAAGGGCAACCAUGACGGGGCUGUCCAGCAGUAUAUCCGAACCAUUGGAAAGUUGGAGCCUUCCUAUGUGAUCCGCAAGUUUCUAGAUGCCCAGCGCAUCCACAACCUGACUGCCUACCUGCAGACCCUGCACCGGCAAUCCCUGGCCAAUGCCGACCACACCACCCUGCUGCUCAACUGCUAUACCAAGCUCAAGGACAGCUCAAGGCUGGAGGAAUUCAUCAAGACGAAGAGUGAGAGUGAAGUGCACUUUGAUGUGGAGACGGCCAUCAAGGUCCUCCGGCAGGCUGGCUACUACUCCCAUGCCCUCUAUUUGGCCGAAAACCACGCACAUCAUGAGUGGUACCUGAAGAUCCAGCUGGAGGACAUUAAGAAUUAUCAGGAGGCCCUUCGGUACAUUGGCAAGCUGCCUUUUGAGCAGGCAGAGAGCAACAUGAAGCGCUAUGGCAAGACUCUCAUGCACCACGUACCAGAGCAGACCACUCAGCUGCUGAAGGGACUCUGUACUGACUAUCGGCCCAGCCCUGAAGGCUACGGUGACAGGGAGGUUCCCGGCUGCAGGGCCAACUCAGAGGAAUUCAUCCCCAUCUUUGCCAACAACCCACGAGAGUUGAAAGCUUUCUUAGAGCACAUGAGUGAAGUGCAGCCGGACUCACCCCAGGGCAUCUAUGACACUCUCCUUGAGCUACGACUGCAGAACUGGGCCCAUGAGAAGGAUCCACAGGUCAAAGAGAAGCUCCAUGCAGAGGCCAUCUCCCUGCUGAAGAGUGGCCGCUUCUCCAAUGUCUUUGACAAGGCCCUCGUACUCUGCCAGAUGCAUGACUUCCAGGAUGGGGUCCUUUACCUCUAUGAGCAGGGGAAGCUGUUUCAACAGAUUAUGCACUACCACAUGCAGCACGAGCAGUACCGGCAGGUGAUUGCUGUGUGUGAGCGCCAUGGAGAGCAGGAGCCCUCCCUCUGGGAACAGGCACUCAGUUACUUUGCCCGCAAGGAGGAGGACUGUAAGGAAUAUGUGGCAGCUGUGCUCAAGCAUAUUGAGAACAAGAACCUCAUGCCGCCCCUUCUAGUGGUACAGACUCUGGCGCACAACUCCACAGCUACCCUGUCAGUCAUCAGGGACUACCUGGUACAAAAACUGCAGAAACAGAGCCAGCAGAUUGCACAGGACGAGCUCCGGGUGCGGCGGUACCGCGAGGAGACCACCCGCAUCCGCCAGGAGAUCCAGGAGCUCAAGGCAAGUCCAAAGAUUUUCCAGAAGACCAAGUGCAGCAUCUGUAACAGUGCCUUGGAGUUGCCCUCAGUCCACUUCCUCUGUGGCCACUCCUUCCACCAGCACUGCUUUGAGAGUUACUCAGAAAGUGAUGCCGACUGCCCCACCUGCCUCCCUGAAAACCGGAAGGUCAUGGAUAUGAUCCGGGCCCAGGAACAGAAACGCGAUCUCCAUGAUCAGUUCCAGCAUCAGCUCAAGUGCUCCAAUGACAGCUUCUCUGUGAUUGCCGACUACUUUGGCCGAGGUGUUUUCAACAAAUUGACUCUGCUAACCGAUCCUCCUACAGCCAGGCUGACCCCAAGCCUGGAGGUGGGGCUGCAGCGGGACCUGCUUAUGCACUCCAGGAGGGGCACUUAAGCAGCUUGUAGGAAAGAGUGUAAUAGUGGAGGCUUAGUAUUGUGGACAAGGUGGAAGAGAGGCAGAGCUCUUGCAGGAGGCAGGCACAUGUGUCCAGGACCCACUCUGAGCUGAUGUCAUGGCCCUCGGUACUAAAGAGGCUUUUCUUUUCCUGCCUUCUCCUUUUGUCAGCCUGCUAUUCCUCCUGUUGACUGUUUUGAGCAGGGAAGGUCAUUCCAGACCAGCAGGGGAGGGCACCUCAGCAACCCGAUUAUGGACAAUAGCAGCUUUAUUCUCCAUCUAAGAGUACCAGGCUGUGCUUGGGUCCUUGUUCCCAGAGUCUAUAAAUAAAAUAAAAUAAUAACUUG